GGCUCCGCGAUAGCUGAUUUUGGAGGGAACUGUGAGAAACAAUUGGACGCCAUUAAACAGAAGAGCAGUGUAGGGAAGCCAUUAAUGUCGGGAAGCCCUUCUGCUGUAAAAAGGUCCCAAUCUUGCAGCGCAAAGGGGAUAAGGUUGCAAGAACCUCUGUCUACCAAGCAAACAUGGCUACCGCCAUUGCAAGCGUCAAACGCCUCUCAGAAUCUCCUAAUCUGAGCUCCAUUCCCUCCAGCUACAUCCACGAAUUCGAUCCUACGGACAUAGCUGCGGCAGACCCCGACUUGUCGAUCCCCACCGUCGAUCUUUCUCUUCUAGCAUCCGACGAUCCUGAUCAGAAGUCGAACGCUGUCCAAGAACUCGACAGGGCCUGUCAGGAAUGGGGCUUCUUCAUGGUAAUAAAUCACGGAGUACCGGAACCGCUUAUAAAGGCCAUGAUCGACGCCGCCGAUGAAUUUUUCAAUCUGCCGGAGGAGGAGAAGCCAGAAUUCGAGCCUGAAAACGUUCUGACUCCCAUACGAUACGGAACAAGCUUCAAUACGGCGAAAGAAGACGUCUUCUGCUGGAGGGAUUUUGUAAAGAUUUUCGUGCAUCCUGAAUUCCAUUGUCCGGAAAAGCCCGAAUCUUUAAGAGACAUACUACCCGAAUACAGUGUAAGAAUCCGAGACGUGGUGAAGAAGCUGUUGAGCGGAAUAUCAGUCGCCUUGGGACUUAAACACGGAGAAAUGGACAAGGCCUUAGGCUUGGAAUCGUGUCUACAGAUAUUCGUCGCGAAUCUUUACCCUCCUUGUCCGAAUCCAGACAUGGCUCUAGGCCUGACGCCGCAUUCGGACCACGGCCUGCUGACAUUGCUGGUGCAGAACGACGUCGGAGGGCUGCAAAUACAGCAUAAGGGCAAAUGGAUCGACGUAAAUCCUCAUCCCAAUUCGAUUUUGGUCAACACUUGUGAUCAGCUUGAGGUCUUUAGCAACGGGCGAUACAAGAGCGUGCUGCACAGGGCGGUAGUUAACAACAAGAAGACGAGGAUUUCGAUCGCGGUGGCCAAUGGACCGUCGAUGGAAGCGGAGGUUAGCCCUGCGAUAACGAUGACAACGCCGGGAUACGCUGCAAUGAAGUACAAGAAUUACCUGUCCGCGCAGCAGGGCAAUCGGCUGAAUGGGAAGUCGAUGUUGCAAGAAUUGGUUCGAAUCCGAGAUUGUUAGAUUGAUUGAGAGAGUGACGGCUACGGAUUCCUAUUAAAGAUCCAUUUUUUGCCGUUGUGUAUAAGCUCAUUGUCUGCCUGACUAUGGCAAAUUUGACAGCUUCUCUUUCUCUGCAGUUCUGUCUGUUUCUGCAGAUUGAAGUAUUAUUAACUUGCACGGCUGCAACUUCUUUAUA